ACCUCGGUCAAGAGAAAAAAAAAAAAAAAUUGAAAUCCUCGUUGGGGUUGGGGUCUCUGACGUCAUUUACUUGCCACAAAACUAGAUAAGGUUUAACAAGAUCUUAUCUAGCCGCCGACAAGACGACCCGUGGAGGCUCCUCAGACCCGCGGGUGCCGACCAUACCAGCCUACUGUAGUUAGGCACCAACUGCCCAUAUAAAACCUCAGUCCUCCCACCCAAAAUGCUUCACAAAUCAUCAAACCAAAUAACUACUUGAGCUUCAAUCAUCUAUUUCAACCGAAACCAUCUACUUCACCUAAAUCCAUCGACUUAUACCUCAACAAAAUGUCUCAAGUUUACGACACAGUUGUUGUCGGCGCUGGCAUGGCCGGCCUCGUCGCCGCCCGCGACCUCUCAACCCGUGGCCGUUCGGUCCUCCUCGUUGAGGGCAGAGAUCGCAUCGGCGGCCGCACUUUUACCACCACCGCCUGUGGAGGAGAAUUGGACUUGGGAGGAGGCUACGUGCACUGGACGCAGCCCAAUGUUUGGGUGGAGCUGGAGAAGCACGGAUUGGAGCACCUCAACCCGCCGCUUGAAUCCAAAACGUUUUACCAGCUCGCCGACGGCAAGGUCCAUACUGAUGAAUUCGAGCGGACGCACGAGUUAGUCGCGAAGUUUUUCGCCGACGCCCGGGAGAGAUUUCCGCUGCCUUUUAACCCGACCGCGGUGGACAACAGCGAUAUCAUCGACCAGACCUUGGAGCAGCGUAUUGCCUCCAUGAACAUGUCCAAGAAAGACAGUGAUCUCAUCAAAGGCGUCAUUAGCGGGCUUUGCCACAACUACUCCUUGCAUGGGUCGCAGCAGCUGCUGUUCGCUGUGGCCACCAACUUUGGAAACUAUGCGGCUGAGCUGGAGACGGCGGGCUCAUGGUCCCUCCCCGGCGGGAUGAAGUCGCUGAGCGAUGCCAUCCAGGGUGAGUCCAAGGCCGAGCUGCGACUGUCUACCGCGAUCACGAAAAUCACCGACAAUGGCUGGGGCGUUACCCUUUCCACGUCUAACGGCACCCAGAUCCAGGCCAAGACGGUUGUUGUGGCCACGCCGAUCAACACCAUGCGCCAUAUUGCCAUCACCCCGGCUCUGCCGCCAACAGUCCAAAAGAUGCUGACUGAAGGCAACCCUGUGCGUGGGAGCAAACUGUGGGUGAUUGUGCGCGGACACAUCGAGCCCUUCUCCGCGCUGGCGCCUCCGGGCCAGCACCCUCUAAACUCGGUGCGUGUGGAGAAACGCUGGGGGGAUAACACCGCGAUCCUGUGCAUGAUUUCCGACUCGGACUCCAUCAAGCACGACGACCUUGCUGCGGUGCAGAAGGCGUUGCGGCUGUUUGUGCCGGACCUCGAGGUCGUUGACACUGCGUGGCAGGACUGGAAUGCGGAUGACUUUUCGCAGGGCGGGUGGAUGAUGCACCGUCCUCGUCACUUCUUGGAGGGCUGUGUCGAUAUUCGCAAGGGACAUGGACGCAUUUCCUUUGCUGGAGCCGAUAUUGCGGCCUUGGGUCCCUGUACCAUUGACGGCGCGAUGAACUCGGGCGCAGCAGCGGCUAGGCAGGUGGAAGCCAUUCUCAACGGAAAGAACAAAGACUCCAGGCCUUGAUCCCCACGGCUGGGCAGGGAGAGUUGAUUUUGCUUCCUACUAUAUUAGUAUAAUUACCGCUGCAGUUCUUUG